UAUCUCUCCUUCUCCCUUCCAUAUCUCUCCUUCUCCCUUCCAUAUCUCUCCUUCUCCCUUCCAUAUCUCUCCUUCUCCCUUCCUACUUCUACACAUCUCCUUCCCUCCCUACAGGCUAUGAACACUGAACUAAAGAAAUGAGACGUAAUGGCCUGUCUACCUACAGGCUAUGAACACUGAACUAAAGAAACGAGACGUAAUGGCCUGUCUACCUACAGGCUAUGAACACUGAACUAAAGAAACGAGACGUAAUGGCCUGUCUACCUACAGGCUAUGAACACUGAACUAAAGAAACGAGACGUAAUGGCCUGUCUACCUACAGGCUAUGAACACUGAACUAAAGAAACGAGACGUAAUGGCCUGUCUACCUACAGGCUAUGAACACUGAACUAAAGAAAUGAGAUGAUCGAUGGUACUAGUAGUUUCUCCUCUGAUUUCAAUAAUCAAAGAUCAGGUUCGUGUUCUGAACUCUUAACUCGCUGCCGUGUACCGGAUCAAAGUGAGAUGGAGGAACUCCUGAAACUUUUCUUGGCUCAGGAAAUGCUGAUGCCUACUUCAAACAUCAUUGUUCUGCGAGCAUCACAUUGGAACAUGGUUCAGUGCUAGCGAAUGCAGCUACCAGGUCCAUUUCUUGUAUUGAAGUGGUGUGGAAUGGAUGGUGAGCUGGGGUCACUACUACCAGGUCCAGUAUUAGCCAUCACAGCUACAGCUUCCAAGGCUACAAGGAAGAGCAGAAUGUGUUGCCAAUAGGAGAAGAGGGGCAGGGCCAGGUUGACCAAGUGAAGCAGGCAGCCAAACCUCAGACGAGCCAGGUGAUGUAGAUCCAUCAUGGCGUCCCGGGGAUCCGAGGUGAUGCAGUUGCGUUAUGACGCAGGUGAAAACCUGCCGCUGUGGGACGCGCUGGGCGGACGGCUGAGCUGUGGUUGGUCGGUUGGGGCAGCAGCUCGUUGCUACGAACAAGCUGUAGCAACGCAGUGGUAUCGACCGGACAGGCUCAGAACAGCACGAUUCUUCAAAACUAGAGCGUUGAUGGCGGUGAAUGUAUUCUCCAUCUCUUCGGCUCUGGAGAACCUAAGUCGUCAUGAGAUGCUGUCCUGGGUCAACGACUCUCUACGGCUCACCUACACCAAGGUAGAACAACUGUGUUCAGGUGCAGCGUAUUGUCAGUUCAUGGACAUGUUGUUCCCUGGCUGUGUCCUGCUGAAGAAGGUGAAGUUCUCAGCAAUGCUGGAACAUGAGUUCAUCAAAAACUUCAAGGUCCUACAGGCCUCCUUCAAGAGAAUGGGUGUAGACAAGAUCAUCCCAGUAGAGAGGCUGGUGAAGGGGAGGUUUCAGGAUAACUUUGAGUUCAUCCAGUGGUUUAAGAAGUUUUUUGAUGCCAACUAUGAUGGGAAGGAGUAUGACCCUGUGGCCACACGCCAGGGGCAGGAGGGCGCCCCCUCACCCAACCCAGGCCCCCAGAGGACGUCUCCCAUGGCGACCAAGACAUUCCACGCCCCCCUGAGGCAGAUACAGUCCGCCCCCAUGCGCAGGGCGACGCCCACCAGAGCGCCAGACGCUGAGAUACUAGAACUGAACCAGCAGAUGUUGGACCUGAAACUGACAGUGGAUGGUCUUGAGAAGGAGAGAGAUUUCUACUUCAGUAAGCUGAGAGAUAUCGAGCUGAUCUGUCGGGAGAAUGAGACCAACACCAGCCCAACACUCUCCAAGAUCAUGGAUAUACUGUACGCUACUGAGGAGGCGUUAUAUCGCUUUGUGGCGGCAGCGGAUGAGGAGGCGCCACGUGGAACAUUCCUCCGCUCUCUCCCCGGAUCAGCGCUUCAAGAUCCUGCCUCUUCCUCCUACCCCCUCCAACCCCCCAGACAUGUCAGGCUAACGCUGUACACUGAAUCAGUAUGGUUGGUGUUAGCAGGAUGCUAGGCUAAUGGCUAAUGUAAAUUAGAUAACAGGGUAGCACAGAGCAAGAAUCUAUAGUGCCCUCUACAGAUAGAGGCAGGUGACACAAACUCACUAAUCUCUGAACCCAUAAAAUUCUGUCAUGAUUGUCUUGGAUGAGGGGAGUCGAAACUCCCUCCACAGACUCACUGGUCCAGUUCAGUACCUACCAUGUACAUAUGACCAGCGAGAUCGUUGAAGAAUCACUGCGGAAUUGGAUGUUGGGAAAUGCCUUCAGAACCGUCCACUGGGGCAACAGUGAGCGCUAUUACCAUCCAGUAGACUUGGUUUUACCUUGAGGACAGGGGUGGUUAAAUAACUAAGUGUAAGCCUUCAUUUAAACAUGUUGACGUUUGGAGCAAUGAUACACCACAGCAGUGUCAGAAACACUGAAAUUUGACAUUUGGAUAAACGUAGAUGAAUGACUAGUUCUGCAGUGAGACAGAGCUUGUUGCAUAUGACAUAUCAGUCCCUGCAUUAACAAUAUGGACCAGUUGACCAGAACCAUCCGAGUCCAUUCUGGAGCAAAAACAACAAUCAGAAUGAUCCAGAAGCCAACAAUGCAGUGUGAUUAGCUGAGGCCAGUAGGAAGCAGAGAACUGCUUCUGUUCAGUAGGGAGCAACAUCCCAGGACAUUCAGAUAGAACCAUACAUUCUGCAGGUUUUAACCUCAAUUUCCAUUUUUGUUUUGAAUGAGUUAUUUAACGUUAGCCACUCCAAGCUAACAGGUUAGCGUGAAUCUAUUACCCAGAGAAAGUUUAAUAAAAUAUAUGAACAACACUGCUACACUGUAUAUACAAAUGGGUGAAUAUUAACUAAUUUAUUUGAAGUGUUUUUUUUUGUUAGCAGCUGUUUAUGAUUGAGUUUCUUCUUGUUAGAGGCGGGGCUUAAAUGGCUAUCAGGGUCAGCCUCCGGUUGUCAUGGCAGACCUGUGACUGACAUGCAUCGUUAGAGUUUUAUUACAGAGGCUGAAUAAACAGUGGGUUCAAAACCAGAA